AGGAGACGUUGCCAAAGAAGUCCACAGAAUUCUUAUUCUCUGCAACCAACCAAUCUUUCUCACUCUUUACUUUUUACUGCACAUUGCCAUCAUCCAUCAAACCCUUUUGCUGAUUUCAACACCUUCCUGUCUAUGAGGUUACUUGGCCUGAUUAUUAUUGUCCUUCUCCUCAGAAGCAGCACCAGCUUUAAUGUAUUAUCUCACAGCAAACAUAUUCACAGAGGGAUCAAUGGUCGGGUGAUUGGGAGGGUUCCAUCGGCACUGCGUUUGGCCAAUGAAACCGAAGUACCGGUACUGCCAUCAUCCUCACCCGACACUGGAGAAGUAGGAGAAGCAAGGGAUGACGAAGAGGAAUUUGAACGUGUCAUCAAAGACUCGAAAUUCCUGGAACGCAACAAACACUGGGUCGUUCUCAUUGACGAUGAAGAGGCUAUUCGGCUGGCCGUGGGUGACUUCUUGUACGACCAGGGAUACCAGAUAACGGCAUGUGCGGAUGCGGAUGCCUUUUUGGAUGUCUGCUUUCCCAAUGAUGGUGAUGACGGACCAGAAACACUGAUCCCUCCAGUUCCAGAUGCGAUUGUCAGUGAUGUCCGAAUGCCGGGCAGCAAGGAUGGCUUGGAAUUGCUCGGCCUGAUUCGAGCCGAUGAACGCCUUAGCCGUGUUCCUGUCAUUUUGUUGACGGCCAAGGGCAUGACAGCAGACCGAGUGGCGGGAUACCGAGCAGGGGCCAAUGUCUAUCUACCCAAACCCUUUGAUCCUGCUGAACUACUCAGUAUACUCGACAAUUCCAUUCAACGAAGAAAGCAAAUGGCCAGCAACCAAAAGGGAGGUCUCAUUGACCUCAAGCAGGAAAUGUCCAGUAUCAAGGAAAUUAUGAAACGAAACGGGGAACGAGUUGUACAAAAGACAAAUGUCUACUUGACACCGGUAGAACGAGAAGUUCUGGAUUUGCUAUGCAGAGGUUACAACAACAAGGAAAUUGCAGAAGAACGAGGGGUGAAUGUUAUUGGAGUCAAUAGAACCAUUCAAAAACUUUACAAAGUUAGCGAAACGCAAACCAGGACGGAACUCGUGCGGUGGGCACUCAAAACCGGAUACAUAUCCAAGAGAUGAUGUCAUCAUGUAUGGCAAGUGGGUGGACAGUCGGUCGAGCGACAGCAAUUGUACAAAUCACAGAGCAGAGAGGAUAAAUAACAUCCCCGAUACCUGUAUAAACUGGAGAUAGGCUCAAACCUUUUCAUGUGGUUUUGCUAGGCAACGGUUUAAUCUCGGACAGAAAAAUGGUUGGCGAACCUCUUGGCGAUGAGCACAUCUUUUCUUUCUGUAAAGGAAAACUAUGAGCAUGACUUGGCCAGCAGCAACGCGCCUACUACUGAUAGAAAUAAUCGCAUUGUCUGUAUCUUCUUUAUGACUUGUUUUAUGAAGGCAGGGGUUGUUUCUCUAAUUGUAACCCUUGCUCCUGUCUACUUGCUUGUAUCUGAUGAUGGGUCUUUUAUGCGGUCUCUUCGCCAAAGCGCUUCACCUAACUUGUUUGUCUGUCUGUUUCACUCGACUGUCACUCUGCUCAACCAUUGGUACGGUUGCGGUGCGGUUCUGUAACCUUCAAACUGGCUGCUUGUUUGCUUCCGUCACUGGUCUGUCUUCUUUGCUUGCUUUCUGUCUGUCUCUUACCCCACAAUUCUCAUGAUGAGUUGUCGUACAUACCAAUCAGGCUGUCGUCCUUUCUUGACCGGUGGAUCAUCGUGUCGAUAUCCCUGUUCGUAUUCUUCUACAGUCCAUCCGCAUUCCUUGAGUGCAUCUCUAUGAUGUUCAUCAUCAAUAUGAUGAAUGGUCCGAUACUUGAUGAGUUCCUUUUUGCGUUCGUUCAUGUUGACUUCGUCGUGCGUGAGUACAUUCUUCAAAAUGGCCUUGUAUCGGUGCUCAGUUUGUUCGUGUCGUCGAUGGGUCCAUUCUUCGGCAUCCUGAACGAGUCCAUUGAACAACAUGAUUCGUUGUGCCUUGAGUUUUCGGACAAUAUCCCAGGACAGUACGGCCUUUAAUGCUCGACGCAAUUGUGGGCUUCGAUGGAGCAUAUCGACCAAUUCUGUGCGUUCCCAUGUCAAGAGUCGGGCAUCACUUUCUGCCACAAUGCGGCAACAGGAUUCGAUGCUAUCGGGCAACAUUAAUCCGGCAUGGAGGCCACUUUCCGAGACAAACAUGCCUUCCUCCAGUUUGUACGUGAGCUGUUCGUCUCGUUCGACUCUCAAUCCUCCCGAUAAUACGACCCGUACGUACUUGUUGGGUUGAUCCUGUUCUAUAACGACCACUCCCUUGGUGAAUGUUUCGACGGUUCCCAGUCGAGCGAGUUUGGCAAAUUCGACGGGGUCCAUGAGUGGAAAGAAUUUGUCGCGGGUUUGGUGCAAUUCCUGGCUGAUUUGUUCGGCGAGGUAUCGGUCCCAGAAUAUCUUUCCAAUGCGAUAGGAAUUAAUGGCAAUGAAUAGCAAAUUCCAUUUGAAUGGCAACCAUAGGACUCGUCCGUGUGGAUGAAAGUAUGUAAAGAACAGCAUGGAUGUGGAUCCAGCCACGGCAAUGAUACGUAGCAUUAAAAAGUCAUCGACAGAGUAGGAAAUGGCGACCAGAAUGAAAGAGGCAUGACCAAAGCAUUCGGAUAAUGUGAUGGAGUAGUGUCGAGGAGAUACCCAGCGAGGCACGGGGACGGUCCGUGGGUGUCCCAAGACAUCACUCAGCCAUUUGGGGAAAUCUCGGCCAGGGUUGUUGUUGCUGUGUUGGGCGGUGGAUUGUAGUUUGGUGGCAUGGUACGACUUGCCGUUGCUUGCCAGUGUGGCAUUGCGUCGUCGUGUGGCUAGUGGAGUCCUUCGACUAUGAUUGCUGCUGUUGUUGUUGUUGUAGGGUGCACUGGAUCGACUGGUCGCAUCGCGUGAUCGUCCUCGCAUUGUCCCCAUUCGGCCACUGGUCAGUCUUUGUGACUGUUGCUGUGGUUUGUGGGGAGACUUGACCAAUGUCGAUAUAGAUUGUUGUUGGACUGCCUGGACUCGUCGUGUUACACACGAGCUGCAUCCUCGAAGGGCCGUUGAUUGCAUCAUCAUUCUAUCGAUAGCAAUUGAUAAAUCGUACACAAAUAAAUUCACUCCCUGAUGGCCUUCAGGUGGGGUAGCUGAUUAUCUGGGUAUAUUCAAGCAGAAAGUUAAUGAGAAGGCAUCAUUAGUCAAUUAGUCAAGGCCUGCAAUCCAGUGGGGCCAUCAACAAGGACAAAUAAAUGCCACCAUCGAUGGAAUCUACAGUAGUAUCUCACCUGAUCGAUUUUCGACACUUUCCGACUCCGACUUGACACGAUGAUCGGGUCACACAAAACGACAAAAGGCUUCGCUCUCUGGCUGGGUGCACUUUCAACAGUGAAAAUCCAACAAAUCUAAUACUUGGAUGGAUGGAUGGAUGGAUCAAAAGAGCUCUUGCGGCACCGUACCAAUGGUUUGCCGAUCUUUGGAAUGAUGAGUAUGAUGUAUCUCUGUCGCAAGAAAUAAAUUGGCCAGAGGAAUUCAGACGACGAUGGAUUGGAAUGUUGUGAGGGAUAGUUCUGCCUCCGGCCAGCAAUGACUUCUGCUUCCAGCAGCUGGUCCGGAAGCUGUGACUCACUCACUCAGACACACGCACGAUGACUGAACCACAAGCAAAAAAGAAAAAAGCUACACUUACACGUACUUGUCCUGCUUUGUUCUUUCUCUUGUUCAUCCAUCACACCAUGGGCAAUUACUCUUGCUGUUGAAGGAAUUCUGGCUUUCCGUCAUUACCAUGCAACGAUGAGCUGGUUACAGUCGUUCAGCAAGCUGAUGGUGCUGUAGGCUAUCUAGAGUCAGGUAACAGUAGCUGGCACAGUAUGUUGGCAAGAAGCUUGGUUUCCAGCUACCUGGGUACCACGAUCUCCUUUGACAGCUCCCGUUACAUGCAAUCCAAAGGAUGGCCUACUGUAGUUACAAACAUGCCUCGCCCCAAUGAGGGAGGGUAUGGGGACCUAGAUUGCACAUGAGACAAUUACCACUACUUGGUCAUACCUGAGUAGCACUAUCCCAUUGGGAGCUUCCUCAGCGGCCGGCAACCAUUGUUUUUCCCUGGACCUAGCUAGCACUAGUUUUUCUUUUCUAGGUAUUGUGCCUGGCUCCUCCCUCCCCAAUAGCACUCCACGCAUAGAGAUUGGGAUCGGUAGUCGACAAGAAAUAAUCCAGGCAAUCCACUCGGUCUCGUACAGAUAUCAGAGCUUCCACCCAUUGUUGCAAUGAGAAACUAGAGGCCUCCUUUUCAGUCUCAUCCAUCCUCAAGCAGUCUCUCUCGGCUUGAUUCAAACGAGGACCAUACUGGAGAUCGUUCAGAAUAUCUUCCUCCACUGGAAACUCUUCGAAACUAUAUGCCUCACCAUCUUGAUCCUCACAAAAAUGGUAUCCCCCACGAAAUUGGACCACUUGUAGAUUGGGGUUGCUACGGAUAGCACUCCAGACGGGCUCCCAAAACACCUGUGGGUUGCACGUUACAAACUGCGCAAUGGAAACUUUCUUGAGUUUUGACAAACAAUGCAAGGAGUCUCCCAAGCAUUGCCCAUUAGUAUCGUCCAUCACUGAAUGAUAUUCGAAACCGUCUUCAUCCAUCUCCCAGUCGGCAUUUCCCAUUAAUAUCAGCUCUUGCAAUUGUGGAAAGGAACGACCGAUUUGACGAAACAUGCCUGGAAGAUUGCCACCAAUGACAUUCAUGGUCAAAUGGGUCAAACUAUUGGGAGCCAAGUGUCGAAAGAGUGCUACACAUUGAGCGUCGCUGAGAUUGUGUGGUUGCUCCACUUCCAGCCUUGUCACAUGAGGCAGACAUUGCUGAAUCGCUUGACAGAACUCACGCCAUGUGCUGGUUUCAUUGAGUGCUUUCCAAGUGUUGGGUUGUUCGCAAGUCACGUGCAAACGGGAUAUUGGCGGAUGAACAAUGGAGAGUAGUUGGGAUUGCACUUGAGACACGGUCAAUGGCUCCUCAUCAGCAGUAUCAUGGCCUUCCUGCGCAUCAUCCCAAAAAGAAUCGUCGUAGAGGUAGACUGUGUCUUCCGAAUCCUCGUAGCGGAAGUAGAAAACUGCUGGCGAGUCGCUGUCGCUGUUUCCGUGGCCAUCGUGUGUCGGAACAUCGGCACUCUCCUCUCCAUCUCCAUUCCCUCCAAGCAUCCUUGUGCCCUGUGCGCUGGCUAUAAUCAGAUAGCUAUAGGUUGCGGCAGGUGGGGAGAACCUUCUCUCUUACCUCCGUCCUCUGCAAUGCCAGCUGCCGCCAAAAGCCAAAGGUAUCUUUCGCGUCAAGCCAACGGGCUGCUUGAAAGUUGUAGGGGCGAGGAGGCCUCUGCACUUCCUUGUCAAUUCGAUUCAAUGGACAAAAAACUAAACAUGUUAUCCAACCUUGUCAAAACCGGAGGCAAGUUAACCAACCAAACUGAACAUCAAUUACAACAUGGUCAACACUGGCAACAUAAGAGCUUUCCCUCGUGCUGUCAACGGCAAUGAGGAAAAUGUAUCAAAGAAAGCUCACAGAACUUCAGCUACUGCAUCAAUCCAGCCAGUAAAGGAAAAGAGUAUGGAGGACACCCAGGAGAUAGCCAGGAAUUGUGUCAAGUCGGCUACAGCAGAAUGUUUACACAAGUUUUGGCAGGCCUUCUUGUAACUCACUCACAUCUCAGAGAUGUACCAUUGCUGCCUUUUCUGUUCUUAACACCAUGCUAUGAGCUGUACUACAAGGGUUUAUGGCACCCGGUCUUUGUCAAGAAAGUCCUCUCUUCCAAAAGUAAAGUGCACUCGAUUGUAGCCAAGCUGCCAGAUAGGAUCCAAAUCCGGAACAUGGAAUCCUGUGUUGCAUUCUGAUGUUCCCUGACAACACACAGCGCAGCAUUCAGAAGAAGCCAAGUCGCAGACAUCACAUGAUGCCACAAUCACAGGCUUGUCCUCAAAGUCUGGAUUGGAACAGAACAGCACGUCAAGGUCACCUUGAAUAAGCUCAUUGGCGUCUAAAUACAAUAGUCCUGGUGAACAAGCAAGCAAAAUGAGUGAGUGGGCAGGUUGUGGAGCAAACCCAUUAAUGCAAUAGCUAUGAUCAACUGAAACUUACUCAGAC